AUGGACACUAAACUGUGUCUAUUACUCUUCAUCAGUGCACAUAUCUUGGCUGAAGCAAAUGCUGAGGUAGUUGAGGAAGAAAAUGGAGAAGAUCAACCAUCCAUAUGCCCAUUGGCUGCAAGGUUUAAGAACUUAAGGAAAUAUGUUUAUCAGUACACUGCCGAGAGCAAAAAUGGGGUGACAGGUACAGCUAACCUCAGGAAUGGGCCAAAGAUCUCCUGUCAGGUUGAAAUUGAGGUCCCACAGACAUGUAGCUUUGUCCUUCACACAAAAGAAUGUGCCCUGAGCGAGGUGUCAGUCAUCAAUGCACAGGGUCAACCUGUGUACAGGCAGGCUGCCGGAUCUGAGGCCUUCCAGGCUGCCAUGGAGAAGAACCUUCUGAAUUUUGUUGUGGAACGGGUAACUCGUGUCUCCAUUUAUCCAGAGAAGGAUGACCCGGAAAGCAUUUUGAACAUCAAAAGAGGAAUCAUUUCUGCUCUUCUUGUGCCAGUCCUGGAGGAAGAACACAAUGAACAAAUGAGUACAAUCUAUGGUAUAUGCAAGACUGAUCUCACAGUCAACUCGAGAAAGGACAUUGACACAGAUGUCACAGUGGUCAGAGAUCUGUCAGACUGCAGUCAUUUCUCACCUCACAAUCUGCCCACCAGCCCCCUUUCCCUUUUACCUGGCCUGAAUGGACUUAUUUCCAAGCUUAUCAGCAGCACUCAGACUUGCAACUACCAGUUUGACAACAGGAGAAAGCACAUGACUGAAGCCCAGUGUACAGAGACACAUCUCUUCAUACCAUUCUCUCAUGAGGGGCAGAAUGGCAUUUCCUCAGAAGUUAAACAGAGUCUAACCCUGCAAGAUUCAGUGAAAAUCAACAACAGAUAUUUUAACAAAGAUGACACUCUUGAGAGGAAUCUCUUUUUUGAGGAGGUGGAAGACAAGCUUCCCAUUCAAUCAAAAGAUGAUGUGCUUGCCACAAUGAGAGAGCUCAACACCCUGAGCAGCUCAGGAAAGAGUCAACAAAGAGCCAGUCUGUUCCAUAAACUGGUGUCUGAAGUCCGUGGCUUGAAAAAUGAGACACUCUCUGGAGCAGCUGACGAGAUGAUGAAGAUCUCAGAGUGGCUUACAUGGCAGACUCUGUUCCAAUGUGGAACCAAUGAAUGUACCAGUGCCAUCUUGCAGAUCCUCAGAACUUUUGAUGAAACAGCAAAAGAGGUAGAUGCCAUAGUCUAUGCUUUGGGUCUCUUACCACAGCCCAGUCCUCAACAGAUUAGAGACAUGCUGAGCAUGGCCCAGAACAAGCAGAGCAAGGCAAUCAUGUAUGCUCUUGCCAACACUGUGAAAAAACUUCCUCAAAGUCAAGCAACAUCAACACCUGAAGUGGAGGAAGUAGCUAAAUUCAUGGAGUUCAUGCUAGGGGAUUGCUCUGGAGAUGAAGACAGUACCUUUCUUACUCUAAGAGUUAUUGGUGUCAUGGGAAAGUCUAUGGAGGGUUUCCCUUCAUUGAAGUCUUCUCUCCUAGGUUGCAUAGGCCAGACAUACUCCUCUCUGCCAGUACAAAAAGCAGCUAUCCAGGCUUUCAGACUCAUGGAAAUGGACUCAGAUGUGAAAAGUGCCCUGAUACAACAGUACAAAAAUCCAGAGGCACCUGUCCAAAAACGCAUUGCAGCAUAUCUGAUGCUCAUGAGAAACCCUAAUGUAGCAGACAACGUGCUGAGGUCACUUAAAACUGAGCAAAACGUGCAGGUUAAGAGCUUUGUCUCUUCUCAUAUCACCAACAUAUUGAAAUCAGAAGAUCCAAACCUAACCACUGUAAAGGACUAUAUCCUUAAAGCCUUGGAGGGGGAUGAGAGCUUUAACCCUAUGGAUUUCAAUAAGUUCUCACGUAACUACAAAAUUGAUGUCCCAUGGACUGGCUCAGUAGAAAGCAACAUGAUUUUUGACUCUGCCAAUUACAUGCCCAGAGAAGUCAUGUUAGCCACCACACUUGACAAUUUCAAUGCAGAAAUACUAGAGAUUGGUCUUGAGGGUGAAGGCUUCGAGCCAGCCAUUGAGGUUCUUUUCGGUGAAAAUGGUUUCUUCCCUGAUGCCAUCUCAAAAGCUAUGUACUGGGUCAAUGACAAGAUUCCACAUCCAUUCAAAAAGGUUUUGAAUAAAUGGAUUUCCCCCAUAAGAGGUGAAAGGAUGAAAAGACAGGUCCCUCAUGAUUUUAUGAGGAAUAUCAAGGAAUACCUCUUAGAUUUCAAUAAACACCUUGAACAGAUUGAAGAUGCCCCUGAAGCAAUGGCCUACCUUCGGAUUAUGGGAACAGAACUGGGAUACAUAAAAACCAAUGAGCUCAAGCUCAUCAUUGAGUACAUUAAAUUGUUCACAGAAACAUUCAAGUCGAUGUCUCUGAAUUUUUUGAAAAAGUUGACAUCUAGCAUGGAAAACGAACUUUUUGUCCACUACAUGUUCUUGGACAAAGCCUUUACACUGCCUACAAGUGCUGGUUUUCCUCUCAAGUUUUCUCUGUCUGGAGUCCUGGCUCCUGGAGCUAAAGGAGGUCUGACCAUUGACCGUCAGAUGCAACAGCUGUCAUUCAUGCCAUCUGUGGGGGUGGAGUUUGUUACCCAAAUGGGUGUUUAUAUCCCAGAAUUUGUGGUAGCUGGGAUUGAGACACACACAAACAUGCAUCAUGAAAGCGCUUUGAAUGCAAAGGUCACCAUAAUUAACAAUCAGAUCAAGUUCUCCAUCCCCGCACCACAGGCAAACAUCCAGCUCUUCAGCAUUAGCAACAAGAUGCUCUCAGUGACCUCCACUCAGACUAAGAUAGUCCCAUCCAUGGUGGAGGACAGGACUGAAUCUACAGAGUGUAAUCCUAUCUUCCCUGGCAUGAAGUACUGCACCAUUUUGCUCUAUUCAAAUGCUAGCUCCACCAAUAAUGCCCCAUACUAUCCACUCACAGGAGAGACAAGGCUUGCUUUGGAACUUCAGCCCACAGGAGAAGUGUUUGAGUAUACGGCGACCAUUGCAUAUGAAUUGUUGAGGGAGGGCAAGGAAGGGCGCCAUAAAGUAGACUCAGUAAAACUUUUUCUAAGGGCUGAAGGUGCUGACCAAACCGAAGCCACGGCAUCUUUGAAAUACAACCGCAAUAAGAAAAUCCUCACCACUGACCUUGAGAUCCCUGAUUAUGACCUUGAAGCUGGCAUGAAGCUUGCAGUUACAGAUAGCACUGGUAAAGGAAAAAAGAUGCAUGGCUUUACUAUUGAUGUGACGAAUGGAAACAUCCCACAACUUUCCCUAGUUGGACGUGCUAGGCUGGAGUCUAUGAAAGAUGGUCUGUUUGAGCUUCAGUUGGCAGUACCAGCAAUACAUUUGGACACUUCUGCAACUGCCAGCCUAAAGAGUACAAAUGGACUCAUCCUGCAGCUUGAAACAGCCUUCCACAUGCCAGAGACUACAUCUGUGCAGAAAGCCAUCCUCAGAUACGAUAAUAACAAGGUUGAACUUGAAAUGAAGUCAGAUAUAAACUCUGAGGUUGAGAAACUUUUCCCAAACAUGGAGGAGUACCGUGACAAGCUGCAGGCGAGUUUUGAUGAUAUGCUUGACCGGAAAGUCGCCAAGACUGACAUGAAGCUUCGUCACAUUGUUUCAAAAGCAUUAGAGGCAGUGAAUAUUUGGUUGGAUAAAUCAGGCGGCUCAUACGUGAACAAACAAAGAAGCAAGAGAAGCACUCCAGAGCUCACUUUGCCAUCUUUACCAGAGAAAUUAUACCUUAAAUCAGAAACACUGAUGAGAUACCAGUUCAACAAAGGCCAAAUCUCAAUUUCACUUCCUCUUGUCCUGGGAGGAAAGUCAUCUACUGAACUCAACAUCCCACUCACCCUCAGAAUUCCACAUAUUCAUAUUCCCCUUGUUGGACUGGAGAUUCCUGAGAACAACUACAUGAUUCCAUCAUUUACAAUUCCUGGAAGUUUGGACUUCUCCUUACCCAUGCUAGGGGUAGCAGAGGUGUCUGUUAAGAUGAAAAGCAACUUUUAUGACUGGGAGGGCUCCAUCUCUGGUGGCAACAACACUUUUGAUGUUCCUAGUUACAUUGCUAAGUACAAAGUGAUGGCCAGUUGUCCUGUGACACUGCUGUCAUACAAAGUUGAAGGCAUGGGCAUGAUCACUGGUACAGUGGAUGAUACUCUGAAGUACCUUGUAAACGGCUCCAUCAAUCAUAGUUUCCUUGAUGCCAGCAUCAGUGUCUUUGAAACUAUGAGUAUGGCUGAUAAAAUCAGUGGUAGGACCAACUACAGGAUUGAAGCAUCUAGCCCACUUGGUCUGCACACCUCCUUGUACUAUUCGGCUCAGUCUGCAACAACAAGUGAUGAGGUCAUUGGAGAUGGGAACUUUGAUGGAUUCAUCAAGCUAGGCUCUCUCUAUGCCAACUCAACACUUAGCCAAUCCUAUAUCUACAAUAUACCUAAAAGAGAAGGAAAGGGUGAAUCUACAUUGAAGUUGGACUCCUCAAUCAUCCAGGGUGAGAAUGUGAUCAAGGGAUCUUAUGUCAAUGGAGAGCUGUCUCUUUUGUCCAAAACAAAUUUGCAAAAUGAUUUUCUAAAGCAUAUGGCAGAGUUAAAGCACAAAAAAGGCCAGCUUACUUUGAAGUCAGAUGGCAGCACAACAGCAGUUGGGAAAGCUCUGCGCUGUAAAGCUGAACUUGAUAUCACAAGUGAAGAAGCCAGUCUGACAGUUGAAACCCAGGCAGAUGAUAUAGCACAUCGUGCUUACGCCCUCCUUACUGGAUCCCUAAAUGGCAACGGCCUAGAAACAAACUUGGAAGGUUCGCUUAAUUUUGAAGAUGGCCGUGGAGCACACAAAUGUGUACUUAAUUUGGGAACAAAUGGCUUGACCACCAGUUGCACAACAGCCAUUCAGGGAAGCUCUUUGACAUUUGAGAAUAUCUUUAAAGGUGCUAUUGAUUGUAAUGGAGCCUCUAUGUCUCUUGAAUCAAAAGGAUCAGCCCAGGAUAACACAGUUGAGUUCAAUGCGGAGGGUAAGAUUUCACCAAAAGAAGCUUAUCUAACCAGUGUUUAUAAAGGGAACGCCUUUGAUGGCACUACAAGAAACACAAUGAAUUUGGGUAUUAAUAAGCAAGGCCUGAGUCUCUCCAAUACCAUGAUGGGUACAUUACAGAAAAUGAGGAUGGAGUGCACCCAUACCCUCUCUAUAACUUUAUGGACCUUGGCUUUCCGCUCCAAAACAGACAAUUUCAUCUGUGAUGGAGCAUCCUACAACCAUGACAUUAAAGUUAACAUGAGGCCUUUUGUCACAUCAAUAAGUGCAAAUAAUGAACUUGAGAUUUUUGAUUUCGGUCUCAGUGGAAAUGGCAAACUUAAGAUGGAGCCAUUUAAAAUGGACGCAACUGGAAGCCUCAGUGGAAAGUGUGGGGAAAGUGAUAACAUCAAGCACAGCUGUGAAUUAACUUAUGCAGAUCUGGCUGGCACUAUCAAAUGUGAUACAAUCGCAAAUGUUUUUGAUUCCCAGAUCAGCAACAAAAUUGACUUAGAUUUUGCUGGAUUGUCAUCUGUUAUGAACAGCAAGACACAAGUAAAUUCUGAAUCUUUACGUCUUGAAAAAACCAUUCGCACAAUGGCCAUGCCAUUUAGCCUUACUGUUGAUGCCAUUUUGAACGGUGAUGGCUCAGUAAAAUUUUAUGGCAAACACACUGGUCAAGUCUACAGCAAGUUCCUCUUAAAAGCAGAGCCUUUAGCCAUUGCCAAUUCCUUUGACUGCAGAGCUUCUGCUGUACAUGUGUUGCCAAAUGGGGAGUCAGCUGAAACACACAUAGAAAACAAAUUCAACAGCUUGCUGAUACCUAACGAACAGUCUGUGAUGUGGAAGUUCAAGUCAAAGCUAAAUAAUCAUGCCUACAACCAAGAUGUCAGUAUUUACAACAAAGAAAGCGAUAUGGGGGUCCAGCUCUCUGGAGUGCUUCAAACAAACCUUUUUAACCCGGAAACAAAACUUAGUGAUGUUCCGUUAGACAAUCAAAAGUUUAGUGCUUCUGGGUUUGUCAAAUAUGAUAAGAACAGUGACUGUCACAUCAUUUAUUUUCCAUUUAUUGAAAGCCUUUCUGUUGCCUUUGAAAGAAUGAAAAACGCAAUUCUUCUUAAAUUUGAGUCCCUCCAAAACUACUUUAAUAGUCUCGAUAUCAAUGGUUUGAUUGGUCAGAUCAGGGCCAAACUGGAUGAACUCCCUCAAAAAGUGAAUGACAUCAUAGAAGACAUGGACCUGGAGACCAAAGUAAACAAAGUGAAGAACCAGCUGAUUUCUCUGAUACAUGACUAUACAAUUACAAUAGAUGACCUUGAAGCAUAUGCUGAGAAAUUUAAGGAGGCUUCUGGAAAGAACAUUAUUGAUUUAGCAAACAACAUUAGGGAUCUAAUGAUUAAAAUCAAAGAUUCCAUAGAGAGUGGAUCAUGGGCCAAUUCUGUCUCAAACAUUUUGACACAGAUUGGAGAUGAACUGAAAGCUUUUGAUGAGAACUAUGAAAUAACCAAAACAAUCAUCAGAGUCAUUGAUGCUAUUGAAGAUAUAAUAAGACAGAUUGAUUUCCAAAAGCUGCAGGACAGUAGUGCAGCUUGGUUGAAGCAACUAGAUGCAAAAUAUCAAAUUAGAACCAAACUUCAGGAAAAACUGACCGAAUUUAGGAAUCUCGUUGAGACAUUUGAGAUUAAGAUGCUUCUUCAGAGCCUGAAAGAAUAUAUACUCUCAGUUGAUUUGACUCAGUAUGUGGAAGAACUAUCUGAUCAAAUUCCAUAUGAAGACAUUGAGAGAGUGCUGGAUUCUACAAAAGAUGUCAUUGUCAACUGGAUAGAGGAAUACGAAAUUCCAGAAAAAAUCAAUAGUGUUUACUUAAAUGCACAGGAGCUGCUAUUAAGAUAUGAAAUUGACAAGAAAAUUGAAGUUUUUGUGGACCAGGCCAUUAUAUUAGUGAAGCAGUACAGAAUCCAAGACAUGGUGCAGGCUUUGGCAGAUACUUUAAAAUCUAUCCAGUUUGAGUACAUUUCAGACAAGGUUAUGGAGCUCUUGGAUAGCAUUGUCCGUCUGUUAAAGCUUGUGGAUUUCAAGCAGAUUAUUGAUUAUUUAAAUGAGUACAUUCUCGUCAUUAUAAAUACCUUAAAUACUUUUGAUUACAACACCUUUAUUGACAAAGUCAAUGAAAAGAUUGGUGAAAUAAUAAAUUAUAUUAACAAGCAGAUAAAUGAGGUUUAUGAAAUCCCACAAAAACUAGAGGCAUCCAGGGAGUUUCUAAGAGAGAUGCAAGUUACAGUUUACGAUUACCUAGAGAAACUGAAAAAAACAAGGAUAGCUGAGGUUUGCAACAAUAUUUUGGAUGUAAUUGACACUACUGCAUAUAAAGACAUAAAACUCAAGGUACAAGACAUUCUUGAGGAUGUGAGACAGAGAAUCAGUGACAUGGACAUAAGAGAUGAAAUCUCUGUAUACUUGGAAAGGGCAAGUGGUUUUUACAUCAAUGUGAUUGAAUACAUCUCAUCACAGUUAACACAGUUAUUUGAAGAAAUUAAGAAGAUGGCUGAAGAUAAGGAACUCCUGAAUCAAAUCAUCCAAACUGUGGAGGGAAUUCUCAAUGCUCUGAAGAUGGCAGAAUUGGAAAUACCCACUUUUGUUCUUCCAUUCACGACUCUCGAAGUUCAUGAAUUUAAGAUUAAACUGGCGAGGAUACAUGAUAUUACAAUUCCAGCAGUGAUAACACUCCCCAAAUUCUCAGUUCUGAACUUAUUCAGUCUCCCCUCCAUUACAAUCGAUUUUGAGAAAAUGAAGCAGUGCAUUAUUGACUUUAUUGACAAAGUUCGCCAGAUAGAAAUGCCAGAAGUUGAUCCUGAAGCCAUCUUUGGGGAUUUACGUGCUCUUUAUCUUCCUGACUUACCUGAUUUGACCUUCUCAGAGAUCACACUUUCAGAGAUAAAAUUCCCAGAGAUUAUUGUUCCAAAACUGAACCUGGAGAGUUUUAAGAUUACCAUGUUGCCGAUCCCUGAAGUCAAGCUCCCUCAUAUCCCAAUGGAACCAUGUUUACCAGCUUUUGGCAAGCUUUAUGGUGAAUUCAGAGUAGAUUCUUCCCACUAUAUGUUGAUGACUUCAGCAGCUCUUGAGAACACAACAAGAACACCCAAAUCCCCGCAGUUUAAAGCUACUCUUAAUUCAAAUGCAAAGUCAAGCCUUGAAUUCCUUGAUUAUACUUUGGAUGCAAUGCUUCAAAUCGAAGCUCCAAAAAUGAGAAAAAUGGUCAUCAAUGAGACAGUAAAAGUCAAUCACAUGGCCUUUGCUAUUGACCAUGAGGGUUCUGUUGUCUUAAGUGGUCCUUUAGCUGAAGUAACAGCCAAGACAGCUGUCAAAGCCACAACUCAUAUAUACACAGCAGAGUUGAUUAACAAUAUAGGUGUUGCUCUGAAGAGUGGAAUAUCUGCAAAUAUGGAGACAACUUACAACCAUAAUCUGAACAUCCCCAACAUAGAUUUCUCAAGUCAGGUAAUAAUAACCAAAACAGCACAGGCCCACUUUGAAUCUGGGACCAUAUCUGUGACUGUUGACACAGUGGGAAGUGGAAAAUGGGCUCCAGCAGGUCCAUCAAGGACCAGCAGGUCCAUCAAGGAUUAUUCUGAUGAAUUCACACACAAGAGCAAUUUGAAGUACAUUGUCAAUACUGGCACUGCAAAGCUUAAUUUUGCUGGGGAGACAAACGGCAGAACCCUUAAAAUGAAGCAGCUGGUUAAUGCAGAGUCUGUCAUCCUAAGCCACAUCACCAUUGAUGCAGUGGCUGAGACAGAAGCACCCUUCUUCAAGAGCAGUGUUAUGGCACUGAAAGGAAAGGCGCAAAUGGAGGAUCUUCGAAUGGAAAUGAGACUUUCACAUAAUUCUGAGCUCAUUGGAAAGGUGAGUGGGAGUAUAUCCAACACUUGUGAAUUCUUGGCCCAACCAUUUGAGAUAACACUUGAUUGCAGAAAUAAAGGGAACUCCAAAAUCCUCUUGCCCCUAAAACUGACUGGAAAAAUCGAUCUCCAAGAUGACUUUGGGCUUAUUUUAAACUCCAAUAAUCAACAUGCUUUUUGGGUAGGUCUAGCUCGCUUCAAUCAGUACAAAUACAAACAUAACUUUACACUCGAUAACAGUGACAAGGAAGCUGGAAUCUUCGCAUUUAUAGAUGGUGAAGCCAAUCUUGACUUCCUGACUGUUCCAGUUAGUGUUCCGGAGAUGACAAUCCCAUACUUGAACAUGAAAACACCCAAAAUCGAAGAGCUUUCUCUUUGGGAAGAUUAUGGCCUGAAAGAUCUUCUGGCCACUCCUCAACAAUCAAUUGACAUCGAUUUCAAGGUCUUGUACCAGAAAAACCCUGACAAGCACAUAUUUGAUCUAAACCUUGAGCCUAUCUACGAAGCCUUCCAUGACAAUGCUAAGAUCUUGAAUGUACAAUUUGAACUUGGAAGAGACCACAUUUUUGAAGCCCUCACAAAUUCCUACAAUGAAGCCAGAAUUCAUUAUGAAAAGUACAAAAUUGACACAUCAAACGAGCCACCAAGAUAUUUCACUGUUCCUGGAUACACUAUACCCAUACUGAAUAUCGAGGUUUCAGCGUUCAGAGCUGAAUUACCUGCAUUCAGUUAUUUCAUACCUAAGGAGGUCAGCACACCAAGUUUUAAAGUUCCUUUGAUGGGGUUUUCAGUGCCAUCAUACACACUUGUGCUUCCAUCUUUGGAACUACCUGUCUUGCAUGUGCCCGAAACACUUCGAGACUUGACCCUGCCCACAUUUACAGUACCAGACAUUCAGAACAACUUCAUGAUACCCGCAUUUGGGAACAUGACAUAUGAUUUCUCAAUUAAAUCCACGGUAAUAACUGUAAACACCAGUGGUGGGCUGUACAAUCAGUCUGACUUUGUGGUCAAGUUUGAUGUCUCAACAACAUCUGUUUUUGAUGUCCUCAGAGGUAAAUUUGAUGGCAGUACUACUAUCAAUAAAAAAAGAGGUCUGAAGAUGGCUACAAGCCUGUCCUUAGAACAUGUGAAUGCAGAAUGUAUUCAUGAGGGUUCUGUCAGUCUCACCAAGAGGAAUAUGGAGGCUUCCCUAACAAACCUGGCUAAGAUUAAACUGCCCGUGUUUAAGAUGGAUCUGAAACAAAUGCUUAGUGGGAAUACGAAGUCUAAACCAAAUGUGGCUUCUAACAUCAAACUUAGCUACUCUUACAAUUUACCCCUAAUCGAGACACAAGGUACUGGAAGCAUAGACCACAAUUUUGCUCUUGAGGCACUGUCUUCCUAUUUCUCUUUGGAGAGUACUUGGAAAGGAACAACAGAUGCAACAGUCAUGGACCGUGCAAAUUUUGCUGGAUCUUUGGACAAUGAAGCAACUGUUUAUCUGAAUGCCAAUGGUCUUCGUUCCACAGUGAAAACUGAUGUAAUCACUAAAGCCUACCAUGACAAGGCUGGUACCUGGACUGUCGACAUUACUGAGAACCUUGCGCUUGAGGCUUCUCUGCGGCGUUUUUAUGCGACAAUGUCUUACACAAGCACUAAUGGAGCUAGUGUUGCUUCAUUUUCAACAAAUGGAAAGCAAAAUGUAAGGGCAACACUUGAGUUUGUUCCACUGACAACUCUGUCCGCUAAUCUUGAUAUUGACAUAUCCCAGCCGAGUAAUCUUGGUCAUGCAGGCAUAGUGCAGAAUGCAGAUAUUUCUAUCACUUCAGACAAGCAAAGACUACUCUGGAGUGGCAAGGAACAGUUGGCAACACUGAUCCAUUCUUCUGAUCUGACACUGUCAAACGAUCAGUCUGAAAUAUGCAUGGAAAUAUCAGAAUCCAUUGAGGGACACUUUGCAUUCCUGAAGGCCAUCAAAUUGCCAGUCUACCAGAAGAAUCUAUGGGACAUAUUUAAAUUUGGUGAGGUCACCACUGCUGACCAAUUGCAGUUCCUCAAUGCCUCGACUGUUCUUAUAUAUACCAAGAGCAUGGAGGGAACACUAUUUGCACUACCUAAAAAAGUAUUUGAAAAUGGUGUCACUUUUAAUAUCCCACAAAUAACACUCGGAGUUCCACAUUGGUUCAAAGGGAUUCCACAAAUGAUUAGGGAGGUGGAUAUGCGGUUUGAAGAAGCUGACCUGCCUGACUAUAUCUCAUUACCACCAGUCAUAACUGUUCCAGAGUUUACUGUGCCUUUCACUACUCUCCAUGUGCCAUCCUUUGUUAUUGAUUUGCAGAAUCUUGCAAUUUCCAAUGAGAUCAAUACAGCUGCCUUUGAUAUCAUUUUGCCUGGUUUACCAAAGGUGGAAGUCCCUACAAUUAAUAUUAAAACGAAAUAUCUGAAAGACAAAAUGGCACACCUGUUUGUGAAUUUGCCACAAUAUGAAAUCACCAUCUUAUCAUUUACUCUACCCAAAACCUUUAACAUUGGCGAGUAUGCAAUACAUCUGGAUGACAUCACAAACGUAUUAUAUCAUUUUGAGAUGCCAACCAUUACCAUCCCUGAACAAAAAAUUGAAAUACCAGAGAUAUCACUUCAUCUCCCAGCUGGUGUGUUCAUCUCAACCUUCGGUGCCCUGUCGGCCACUGUGAAAGUUUCCUCCCCAAUUUAUAACAAUACAUGGACUGGAACUGUGGAAAACAAAGAGCCAGGAUUUGUUGGCACAUUGAAGUCCACCAGCACAUCCACCAUGGUUUUCCUGGAGUAUGACUUGGAUGCAACUGCCACAUUCCUUCUUGAGAAUGGAGCUAUGGGCCUAGAUGGAAAGUGUACCUUCACCCAUAGUGAUGUGAAUAUAAACUGGAAGCAUGAUCUCCGUCAGAAUCUAAGAAUGAAACGUGAGGAGCUCUCAGUCUCCAGUCCCUCGAGACAUACGCUGAAUAUUGAUGUAACAAGCCAGACCUUUGCUGAUGUCAGCUUCCGUUAUGCAUCACACAGCAAUGGAAUCACAUCUUCAAUAUCCUCACCAGCAGCUGGCUUUAUUGGCUUCCAGUUCACAAGGAGGUCACCAUCUCAGUUUUAUGGGAAACUGUUCAGCAGAUAUUUGUCAACACCUGACAAGGACACAGACUUGAUGAGUUUCAAGGUGACUUUGAAGAACUCUGAAAAGCUGAGCAUUCAGGUUGGCUAUUAUAUCAACGGACUUUCUGAUAUGAUUAAUGGCUUUAAAGACAGACUCCCUUCCAUCACAGCAGCAAUUCACAAGUUUAUCAACCGGUACCACUUUGAUCACUUUGGCAUGGACCUGAACCGUACUGCCCUUAAGCUCAAGAACGCACUCUCCAACGGUAUUGAGAAAUCUUUCCAGGAGAUCCCCCGCACAUUUGAUGCUCUGCAGAGUUCAGUCGAGCAGCUCAGACAACAGGGGAAAAAGAUGUUCAGAAGAACAGUGGAGAGCCUGCCACAGAUUGAUCUCCAGGAGUUGAGCACGAGGUUCCCCAGUAGCGCCAAAGAACUCCUUCAGAGCUAUGAGUCAAACGUGCGAGUUCUCUUGGAUGCUGUCUUGAUGUUCUUGAGUGACACCAAAUUCCACCUGCCAGGUCUGGAGGAGAAGCUUACUGGGCAAGAGUUGUACCAUAGGAUCAGGCAGUCAAUUUCAGAGGCAAUCGACAGAGCCACUGCAAGGAUUUUUAGUUUCAUGGAGGCCAUUGUUGACACUGUUGCAGGUUACAUUGACAAAGUAGAAUUUACUCUUCCUGGUACCACUAGAGUUAUUAGUGGGAAGAACAUUUUGGAGGAUCUGAAGUCUGCCAUGAAAUGUGCACAGGAUCAGAUUAUUCAGGCGAAAAAGUCUUGGGAAAACCUCAUACUGGACAAAGAGAUCCAGGAUCUGAUAAACUCCCUGACAGUUCACAUCCAAAAGACAGAAGAGUUCCUGAGUUCUUUCAGGACUGAAAAACUGGAAGAAAUUUCUGCAUACAUCAAUGACGUUUACAAAGAGGCAGGCAACUUACAAGUGAUGCAAAUGAUUCGUGAAUGGAAUCGGGAGGCAAAAAGGGGUUUGUCUGAGUUCAAAGACUUCUGCAAAAGUAAGGUCCAGGAUCUGUACAAUGAAAUGACCAUGGACAACCUCAACUCCAAUCUAAACAAUCUUCUCAUGGUGUUAGACUCAUAUAUAAAUAGUCUUUUAAAGAGCUACCUUGAAUUUAUGAAGUCAGCGUCAUCAUAUACAGAUCCAUACAUAAAGGUGUCAAGCAAAAAGACGGAUGUUGAAAUUCCUCUUCCUUUCUAUUGGAAAUCUUUUAGUCAAUGGCCCAGCAUGGCAUAAAACCUUUUAUCUAAAAGGUCUGUAUUACAAAAACUUUUGUUGACUACAAUUUUAUUCUUUCGGUUAUUGUGCUUCCAUAAACAAUGUUAAAUGUAUUUUGUGUCAUCUUUAUCAUUUAAUUUGUAGUUAUUAAAUGUACAACUGAAUGUUAUAAAUAAUCUAUUGAAUGUCUGUGAGUAACAUUUAGUCAACUUAAGCAAAAAAAAUAUAUAUAUAUUAUGCUUUGGAAAAAUUGAUGUAAUUAAAGAAAAUUAAAGGAAAUAUGUCAAUAGAAAAACUGAAAUACAUUGCAUAAAGCUUGAUGAAAAUAACAUGAAAUGUGUAAAGAUUGGAAAUAUUUAUGUAAUCUGAAAGCUUCUUCAUGAAUCACUAAUAGCAGGUCAUCAGAUUGUGAUUUGUUGGUGAUGCUACAGAUACUGGAUAAUAAAUACAUACAGUUCUCUCAGCACUGUUAAUGAAAAAAAAAAAAACUA